GCCCGCUCUUUCGACACACAUAGUGAAGCGUGCACAAAGACUACUCAAAAUUCCUCCAAAGAGCCGACUUCCGUCGCUGACAAGCUACAAUAUUAGUCACGUCACCUCCUGACAUCCCAAGCGCAAUCGUUACAUUCGACAACCUCGCAUUCAUCGGUCUGCGCCAUCAUGUUCAAAAAGUUCAAAGACAAGCUCAAGGGCGAUGAUCAUAAUGAGUCACAUCAGAAGCAGGAGAAGCAACCACAGGACGCCUCGCACCAGCAAUCAAACCUGCAAUCGAACAAUCCCUUUCAUCCCAACAACUACACUGCACCGCCACCAUGGCAGAAUCAAAGCGGCAGUCACAACAUUACUCCCAAUGAGAAAUUCCAACCACCUCCAGGAGCACCUCCGGGUUAUGCAGGCGCAAGCUCAAGUUCAGGAUACGAACCGCCUCCGGGUCCGCCGCCCUCGAAAGACAUGCCCCAGCAACCCCCACCUAGCUGGGAGCCUCCACCAUAUCACGACUGGACGGUGAUUCCAGAUACAGCGCUACUCCCUCCCCCUCCAUCGAUCGGAUAUGAUACGUCGCCCACAGCCAAUGCUACGGAGGAAGAUGGCGGGCUUGCAUACGAGUGGUGCAUAGCGAACCCCCUUUGGCCACCCCAAAAUCUCACACCUCCCACACACGGGGCUAUUCAGAAUGGCCAGCUCGCGCUUCUCACGCCCCCAACAUUCACUGGCAAUGUUUUCCCCAUGCAGCAAGCCGGACACUGGAAAUGUCACACCCAAGCGCGAUGCCGCGACUCGGCUCUCCUUACCAACCUGCCCAUGUACUCCGUGUUCUGGGACUCCCCGCUCAACACGCACCGCCCAAAAACCGUCUACUUUGAGCUCAAGGUUCUUGGCAUCGGCUCGGGCGGGUACUCACUGUCCGAAGCAGACGCGGGCAUCGCAAUUGGCUUCAUCGCACCACCUUACCCCACCUUCCGUCUCCCAGGCUGGCAACGUGGCAGUCUCGGCGUCCACGGUGAUGACGGGCGCAAGUACGUCAAUGAUACGUUUGGGGGUGUAGACUUCACAACUGCGUUUCAGCCUGGCGAGACUGUUGGAAUCGGUAUGACGUUUGCGCUGCCGAGGGAGCCGCCUUCAUAUGAGCAGAGUCAGAUGGGAAAGGUCAUGGACAUUGAUGUGUUCUUCACCCGAAAUGGACAGCGAGAGAAGGCGUGGGACGGAAAUGACGAGCUGGAUGAGAGGAGCGAAGGGGGCACGAUGGGUCUGAGGGGCGAGUGCGAUUUGUUUCCUGCAGUGGGAGUGUUUGGGGGUGUGGACUUCGAGGUGUUCUUCCACCCCAGUCAGUGGAUGUAUAGACCGAUUUAGAAGCUGUAGCGGUUGGUUUCCUAUACGGCUAGGCUAUCAUGUGUCUGUAGAAGAUGCUCGAGGUUUUCUACACAUUCAGCUACAACUGGAGUCUUCGCCUUUUGCCUGCUAGCCCAUGCCAGAAGCAAACAUCGUCCACGUCGAAACCAAACUUGUGAACCAGAUUGUAGCGAUGAUACUAAGAUUUGGUACCGUGGAAAGCACCUUGAAAUAUACUCAAGCUCUAAAGUAUUAGGUUCGUCGGGGUAACCUAAAUAUGACUCCGGUACUGCUCCUCACACCGACGUCAACGCCGACCAUGACGCCGCGCUUAAGCGAUGUGACACGAUGAUUUGAGCAUCGCGUACAAUACCUCAUGACUCGC